AAUAUAAAAUUUACCAAGAUGAGAUGAGGCCUUCACCAGAUUCUCUCUUGGCUUCGUCUUCAUCGAAUUAACCUAGCUAGCCGACUCACUUCAUCCAUCAUGAGUUUAUCACUGGUUCAAGGGUUCAGCAAAUCUUUAGCGAUGACUGUGCUCUCUGAAAUUGGUGACAAAACGUUCUUCGCAGCUGCAAUCUUGGCAAUGCGUCAUCCUAGGAGACAUGUUUUGGCAGGCUGUCUUUCAUCUCUAAUUGUUAUGACCAUUCUGUCUGCUGCUGUUGGAAUGGCUGCUCCAAACCUGAUCUCACAAACAUUGACUAAACAUAUCACUACUGUAUUGUUUUUCGGUUUUGGACUAUGGUCUUUGUGGGAUGCAUAUAACGACGACGAUUCUGAAGAAUUGGCCGAAGUUGAAGCUGAACUGGAUGCUGACAUUAAAAAAUCUAAUGAGGGAACAACUAAAUCAAAUAACAAGACUGAUGAUGAUUCGAAGAAAAAGAACAGGCCGUUUUUGACUCAAUUCUUCUCGCCCGUUUUUCUUAAGGCAUUCUCUAUAACAUUUUUCGGCGAGUGGGGCGACAAAAGCCAGUUGGCUACAAUUGGUUUGGCUGCAGCUGAGAACCCUAUGGGUGUUGUUAUAGGAGGGAUUAUAGGACAAGCUUUGUGUCAAACUGCUGCUGUUUUCGGAGGGAAGAGCUUGGCAACACAAAUAUCCGAGAGAUUUAUUGCACUCUCGGGCGGGAUUCUUUUCAUUAUUUUUGGAAUACAAUCAUUCUUCUCAACAAUAGAAUCAUGAGUCUGGGUAUUGGCCAAGGAUACAAAGAUUACCAGUUUAGCAUUUUUAGAAGUCGUUCGAUAAUUUAUUUUUGCGACAUUUUUAUCAAGAUUUUGUUGGCAUCUAUCCUCUGUUACUCAACAUGAAUUACUUUUCUGGCACUUGUUUAUAUUCAGGUUUAUUUAGUGUCAUUCAUUUCA